AUGUCUUUUAGGUCUUUACAAUCUUUCAGAAAAGAAGAGAAAAAUUUGACUAAGAACAUAGAUCUUGGUAAUUUGAGGCCAGGAUUAGAAGUAUUACAAGAAAAAAUAAAUGAUGAUAUAUUUUCAAAAAUUUCUGAUGAAAAACUUUUUUCUGUUGAUUUUAAAGGUGAUAUUAGUGUUUGUGAAAAAAGGGAAGAUGUUAAGUGUUUAAAAAAUGAUGAAAUGUUAUCUUAUAAAUCACCUAUUUUAUUUUUAUCAAAUUUCUCUGAAAAGGAUCUUAAAAAUGUAAAUAAAUCGAAAUCUAAGAAACAGAUGUGGAGAAAUAUGUUAAAUUCUGAAGAUAUUUUCUUAGGAAAAAAUAGUCAGAAACUUAAUAAUUUAUUGAAUAAUAUUAAAAUUUCGGAUCAAAUAUCAUCUAACGAUUCAAAGUUAUAUGAUAUAUGGAAAAAAGACAAUAAUCCUCAGAAGUUAUCAUUAGUUAAUUUCUCUCUUCAACAAAGAUUUCCAAAAAUGCCUUCUACUUUGCAGCAUAAACCACUUUCUAUAUCAAAUAAUGUUCCUAAUGUAGAAGUGGCUAAUGCGGGGAUGUCAUAUAAUCCUUUGUUUCAAGAAUAUAAGAAGUUGAUAGAUAAGGAAUCUACUAAGGAGCUUUUAAGAGAAAUAAAAAAUGAUCAAGAAAGGAGGAAAAAAUCAUUUAAUGUUUUUGAGCAGGAUUCUAUAAAGAAUAAAGAUCCAGAAAGUCUAUCUGAGAAUAGCAAUUUUACAGAAGAGGUUCAUAACUGUCUUAUUAAUCGAAAGUCAGUAAAAAAAACAAGAAAGCAAAGAAAAAAAGAGGUGAGGAGAAAAAAAGAGAUUUGCGAAUAUAAUGAGAAAAGACGACAGAAGAAGCAAAUAAAGGAUUUGAAUUCUAUAAAUAAAAUUGUAAAAUCAAUAGAAGAAAAAGCAAAUAGUCAAAAAUUAGCUAAUAUUAGUGAUUCUAUACAUGAAGUUAGGUUUAGGAAGAAGUCCAGAAAACAUGGUGCAUAUGUACGUCCAUUAGAAAUUCAAUUAUCUGAUGAACUUAGUGAUUCUUUUCGAUUGUUUAAGCCUGAAGGUAAUAUAUUUAUAGAUCGGUUUAUAAGUUUGCAAGAAAGAGGGCUUAUAGAAACAAGAUAUCCUGUAAUUUCUUACAGAAAAUAUCCUAGACGCUAUGUAGAAAAGUGGAAUUAUAAAAGAUUUAAAUUAUGA